AUGCAGUACAUGAAUGUAUCAUUAUUAGACAAGUCCAAAAGCGUAGAUAAUACUAAAAGGUCUCAAAGUACUAGUUAUCAUAAUCAAAAUUUGAAUACUACAAACUUUGGUAGAACACAGUCUUUUUUAAACGUCGCCGUUAAAGAAGAAAAUGAUAGUGAUUGUGAGAUAGUUGAACAACAUGAAUAUUCAAGUGAAUUAUUAAUUGAUCGUUUUAAUGAUUUUUCAACUACGUCUUUCAUAAAUCAAAAUUUACCGCAUGAAAUUUAUCCACCUACAAAAAAUAAACCAGUGCCAUCAUUUUCUGCUAAAAUUGUUGAAAGACCAAAUAAUAUUGUUGGACAAAAUAUCAAUAUUAGUAAACAAAAUAGAAGCAGUACAGCCAAUCAAUCAUUUAAAAAAAAUGUACCUUCAUUUUCAGCCAAAGUAAUCGGAAAACAAAAUGAUUUUACUGCGUUUAAAGUUAGUAUUGACAACCCAACAUUUUAUCUAAAACCGAUUCAGUUAUUGUCAUCUGAUAAAGCUUUUGAAGAACGCAAGACUCCUUACAAGCCCAAAAUUCGCGUCAGUGAGUCUAGAGCAAACAAAUUGAAAUAUCUACCACAUUAUCCCAAAGUACCGCCGUAUAACAAUCAACCAAAUUGGAAAAAGGUUCCAGUAGCACCUAUAUUAUCUAUAGAAAAAAAUAAGAAUGGCAUACAGUUGAUGUGGGAUUUAAAAUUGAACAGUAAUUUCGCAAAAGUCAAGUAUUUUGAAGUAUUUUACUGCAAAGAAACUAAUACUACACCAAAAAAAACGAUGUGGAAAAAAUUCAAAAAAGUUUUCGCAGAAAAAUGUCCAUAUGUAUAUAAUUUGGAAGGUGAUUUUACAAAUCAUAAAUAUUAUUUUGCUGUUAGAGCUGUUGAUAAACAUGACAGACGUACACCAUUUGGGUUAAAAGAAUUUGUUUUUUAG